GUCAGUAACAAUAGAGUUGUAAAUAAAAGCGUACUCGCAUCUCGAGUAUUUACAAUUUCUUUCUGAGAAUCAGAAAAUUAAGUUUCAUUUGAGCACUCGGGCCUGUUAACAAACAUCAUGCCUCCUAAAUCUGGUAAGAAACCCGAAGCAUCUAAAGGCAAGAAAAACGUCGUAGCUGGUGACAAAAAGAAGCGCAAAGGUCGUCGCAAGGAGAGCUACGCCAUCUACAUUUACAAAGUUCUGAAGCAAGUUCAUCCCGACACAGGAAUCUCCAGCAAAGCAAUGGGCAUCAUGAAUUCGUUCGUGAACGAUAUAUUCGAACGCAUCGCUGCAGAGUCGUCUCGACUAGCGCACUACAACAAGAAGUCCACAAUCAGCUCGCGAGAGAUUCAGACUGCAAUUCGCCUACUACUACCAGGGGAGCUUGCCAAACACGCCGUCAGCUCUACAAGAAGCUAG